GAGUGGUAUCUUGAGGGAGUGAACUGUGCCACUCUCGUCGCUCGCUUUCGACACCCAAAUACCGAAUUCGAUCUUGUCGCUCGUUUGAAUCGUAGGGCUAUUGGUGCGGAAGCUCUGCUAGUUUGUGGUGCUGCGUGAAUCUUGGGGCUGGGACAUCCUAUUGACCACCCUUUGAUAAAUUUGUCACUGGAUUUCUAAUGUAUCAACAUGAUUGAUGUGCGAUUGCUGUCUUCUGGUACCGUUAGCUCUAUCGCCGUCGCGCUACCUGCUUCUCCGAGGACAAGCGGACAUUAGAGGCGCCGCCUGUCCUCCUACUCAUCGAGGCGCAUUGAUCCAUUCGCAUCGCCUUUGAUCACUUCAUUGUCAUGGACCCUCCGCAUAUUACUGAGUUCGCCUCCCAGCGAUAUUUCGAAAAGUUAAAACAACUUAGUGAAUCGAGAGAUCAACCUCAAGAUGGUGUCGGGCAAUCUCAUGACGGCUAUGCCGUUUCACAGUCAUCCACAUUUAUCCUCCCAAUCGGACAGUCGAAAUUGCCGGAUCAACAGAUCUCACAUGACCAUCACAAGUCUGAGAAGCGUCGAGCGAACUUCAGCUUCCGGGCCAUUCUUCCUACGCGCACAUCCGUCGAGCACGAAACUCGGAGUUUGUCGAGUGAAUCUUCACGGAAGAGGAGCAUCCCGUUCGAUCAACUUUUCCACAGCCUACCGAACGAGCUCAAGAUCCAGAUUAUAGCCUCAUUACCGUUGUCAGAUAUUUUGAGCAUGCGAAUGGCGUCGCGGUCAUGGCUUGCUAUGAUCACGUUCAAUGAAUCGGCGAUAACACGCUAUCACAUUGAACAUCACAUCCCAGCCUAUGCGAUUCGUCUAUACCCUGCUCCUGAACCAUCUUUGAUGAAACUACAUUAUUUGUGUGGCAUAUGGCAUCGUCUUCAUGUUGCUAGUAAGCUAUCAUUCUUAAUAAGUGAGAGAGUCACCAAGGAAAUAUUCCUUCGGACCACAGAAGCCCAGCGAAGCGAAUUCGCCCCCCAGUACGAAAGAAUGCGACGGCGACUCGUUCCACUAUUAUUCACCAUAUUCCACUUCUUCGAGACGUAUCGGACGUUGCAUCUCGAGUAUAUCAAGGAACACGGACACGGUCUGCGACUUGAACCUUAUACAUUAAAUCCUAUCGAGUUGAAGGUCAUGAGUAUGUAUGACGAUCAAACGUUACUAAAAGUCCAUCAAGUGUUUCCUUUAGUUAUUUCUUCGUUCUGUCGACGACUACGACCCCCUUCGUAUGUAGGCAGAUUCGAGCGUUCCAUAAGGGGAUAUUUGAGAGACAAGCCCGAAGACGAAGUAUAUGUCACCGCAUUGUGUGUAGGUGGUCUUCGCCGGGUAGAACGGUUUUGGGAAGUCAAAGGCUACAACGCAAGAAGGGCUGCUGUGGAUCAUUGGUAUCAUACUGUCACAACCGAGCCGGUCGAGCAUGUCCCGAAGCAACGUCGAGGUUUUAUGGGCCUGAGUCGAAAGAAGUCCAGCUUCAACGUUGGUGAUGUUGGACGAGGCACGAUGGAUUUAAAUGCUCAUAGCCGUGAGCGACGGGGCUCUGAUAAUGGCCGACGUGGUAGUGAUGUUUCAACCAACUCUUGGAGGGAUUUUGUUUUCGGUACGAGUUUAUCCGAAGGAAUGCCGAUGGGUCCUCUCUUGCGGGAGCAGCUCCAAUUACUAUUGCCCGACCUCCCGGAUUUGCACUCUAUCUGGAUGCCCACUGCUGAGGCGCUUAUUCUCGACAGAGGUAUUGUUGAGCGGCCGCAAGAUAUAAAACGCAACGGCCCUGCUCUCUUGGAUCUAAUUCGCGAAGAUGGUGCUGCCGAAGAGGACGAGUGGCUGUACGGUCGGACUGCACCUGAAUCUGUGCGGCCACCCCUCGAAGCGAUCGAAGAAGAUCCCAUCGAAUAAUUGGAUCGUAGAUUUCGUCUACUGGUUGGGCACUUCAGCUCAUCCAACUCGUGAAGCAUUUACGGGCGUUCUGGGACAGGUG